AACGUUGAAAUCACAUUGUCGCCUCUCUUGCCAGAUGCACUUCCAUUUCAUCUUCACAUAAUUUCUGAGAUGCUAAGGCAUCCUCCUAUUGCUGAGUUUUUUGAAGGGACACUACCUUUUGCUAAAGUUGUGGGCGGGCUGGGUUGUUUUCGAGCCUGGAAUGACAGUAUGGAGGAGAGGGGAAGGUGA